ACGGGCUGUUAAGAGGCCCCCCAACUGUAAUACGGAGUAAAAAAUAAAUUCGGACUCGGCCCAAACAUCAGCUAAGCAACGCACGCGCCGAACCUCUCUUCGUCCUCUGAGCUCCCGUUGAGCAUCCACAGCUGCCCGCACCCCGCAAGCCAUCGCCUGCCCCAUUCCUCGGCUGCUUGACACCUCCCGUCGUUCUGCAUCGUUGUCUCUGACUACAAGCUGAGCUUAACACCCGCGCUACUGCGCUCGUCCCUUAGAUCCGCCCCGGGCCAAACAGACAUAUCUAAGUGGCGGCAUAGCUGAUCCUAUUCAUUGUUUCCAUGGAAAAUAACACCCAGAUUUAUCCUUGCCUCGUCACCUUUACGUAGCACGUCAAAGAGGGUUAAUGUAUCAACUGUGAGGAUCAUCAGAUGGAAGGAAGGAGAAUGAGGAGGCUCGGGAGAGGACAAAACAGUCAAACUGUUUUGCCCUUGAGUGUGGCUCGUAUUUCCAAUAUCAUAUCGUGCUGGUACUGCGACUUCAAGUUCUGUGUGUUGAAUGAACCUCUCUAUGUAUUUGGACGACGAUACUCUAGGUACUUGAGAUGUUGGUUUGCCAUGGGGGUUGGCUUUAGUUCUACAGCUUUGCUUGCAGUGACUCUGAUUCUUCUCUGGGAAUUAAGCAGAAUUCUGCACCCAUACAAUGAGGAGGGCCAAUUCAGCUCUCUUUUAAGUGGCUCCUUAUUUGGCAUUUCUUCUAAAGCUUUCAGGCUUGCCAUCUCACUUAAUGGCAUUGGAUACUUGUGUAUAUCUACGAUUAUAUCUGUAUCGGUUCACGAACUUGGGCAUGCUCUUGCUGCUGCAAGUGAGGGCAUACAAAUGGAGUACAUUGCUGUAUUUUUGGCAGUAAUAUUUCCAGGAGCUCUGGUGGCAUUUAAUCAUGAGACAUUGCAGGCAAUACCUAAAUCUGCUGCUCUUCGUAUAUACUGUGCUGGAAUUUGGCAUAAUGCAGGACUUUGUGUUUUUUGUGCCAUUUCAUUGUUCAUCCUACCAGUAAUCUUGUUUCCUGUUUACAUACACGGUGAAGGACUCAUGGUUUUACAUGUCGCCUCAAAAUCACCACUGUCUAGAUACCUGUCUUCAUAUGAUGUGAUCUAUUCUAUUGAUGGUACUCGCAUUAAUGAUGUCCAAGAGUGGCUUCAGAUCGGUAGUUUAAUAACUGAGCAGGAAUACCGAAGCAGUUACAGUGCCUAUAAAACCAGUAGCGCAAAAGGUUACUGUGUUCCUUAUUCGUUGCUUGAAAAGAGAAUUCAUGUUCAACUGAGAGGCAAUAAAACGAUUUGCCCAAAUGAUCUUAUAGACUUUGUAGCAGCACCAUGCAAGGAAUUGAGAUUGUCAGAAGAUUGGCACGUGGAAAAUAUCUAUUGCUUGUUUGCCAAGGAUAUUUUGGACUUCAAGAAAUGUGGAGAUGGUUGGGCAAAAGCUUCAAAAAAUAGAAGCAGCUGCUUGUGCACACAAGAAGAAUCUUGCGUUGCUCCCUUCCUAAUGCCUGGUGUUGCAUGGGUUGAGAUCACAUAUAUAAGGCCUUUUACGCCAGAAUGUCAGAAGUUUCUAAGAACUAGUUUUCUAGAAGAUACGAACUCUGAUAUUGGUGACAUAAGAUGCUCUGAAAGUUUUGUAUUUAUUGGUGAUAUGGCAUCAAUGCUGGGUUCAGUUCAUACAACUUCAUAUCAGCCUCGUUGGCCUACUAAAUUUGGUGCUCAUUUUCCAAGUGUACUGGAAAAGUUUUUGAUGUCUAUGUUUCAUGUCUCUCUCACACUUGCUCUUCUCAAUAGCUUGCCGGUAUAUUUUCUUGAUGGUGAAUUUAUUUUGGAGUUAACACUGCACUACUUAUGGUUCUUGAGCCCCAGAAAAAGAGGAGUAGCUCUUCAAUGUUGUCUACUUGGAGGGACUCUUAUUUCAACCCUACUCAUUUUCCGGAUGUUCCUUUUGCUUUAAGAUCACGUUGUCAGGUAGCUCUCCCAUUUCGUCUUGGAUCUAUAUCUUUCAUCUCUCGUUGAAAGGCCUCGGGUUGUCGCUAUCUUGGACGGUGAAGCUGAUUUUGGACAGUGACCAUGGCUGAGAUGGGAAGUUCGAGAUGGAGACCUUGCCUGGCUUAUGGUGUUUCACUGGAAUCCUUUUGUGUUUUGGGUGCUCAUGUGUUUCCAAUACAAAAAAAAAAGAUUUAAUUGAUUUUGUAAAGGAAUGGAUUAUGGACUUGAAGGCGUCUGUAAAUAGGUGAAGAAUUCUUCACCAAGAAAAAUACAAAGUUCUGCACUUGAAGGUGUUUGAGGAAAUUCCUCACCCAAGACAGUAACAUAAAAAAGAGUGUUUGAGGAAGCUUAUACAUAUCAUUUUAAUUUACAAAUCUGCUUGCACUCUUCG